AUGUCCCUCCUUGACAAAAUGUCUACAGCAGAUUUGAUGGAAAAUCUCAGAGAAGAAUUGACCUGUUUCAUCUGCUUGGACUAUUUCACCAGCCCAGUAACUACUGAGUGUGGGCAUAGUUUUUGUCUGGUGUGUCUUCUCAGGAGCUGGGAGGAGCAUAACAUGCCCUUAUCAUGUCCUGAGUGCUGGAGGACCUUGGAGAUCCCUCACUUCCAGCCCAAUGAGCGUUUGGGAAGGCUGGCUGGCAUUGGCAAGCAACUCAGGUCCCAAGUGCUGCAGAAUGAAGAUGAACAAGGCAGCUAUGGGAGAAUGCUGGCAGCCACUAAGGUGUUUUCUGAAGAUGAGCAGAGUGUAAAUUCUUUCUCAACUCAGAGUCAUGGAAUAAACAGAGGGCAUCUCUCACAUGAGACUGAGGAGUAUCACAGAGGGACACUUCAGGAAAUCCUAAAUACAUUGCGUAAAAGGAAAAAGGAAGCUCAGGCUAUUUUAACACAUGAGAAGGAGAGAGUGAUAUUGUGUAAGGAAGAGACAAAGAACUGUAAACAGGUUGUUGUAUCAGAAUAUAUAAAAAUGCAUCAGUUCCUGAAGGAAGAGGAACAGCUGCAACUCCAGUUACUAGAAAAGGAGGAAAGAGAGAACUUGAAGAAACUGAAGAACAAUGAGCUCCACCUGACCCAACAAAUCAGAAGCCUAAGCAAAACGAUUGAACAGAUAGAGUCCAAGUGUCAGAAUUCAAGUUUCGAAUCAUUUGAGGAAGUAAGAGAAACCUUGGAAAGAAGUGAAACAUUCUUGCAUCAGUGCCCAGAGGCCACUACCACUGAACUGAGUCUGUGCCGAGUCACAGGAAUGAGGGAAAUGCUAAGAAAAUUCAGCAUGGACAUAACUCUGGAUCCAGACACAGCCAAUGCCUAUCUAGUCCUCUCUGAUGAUCUGAAAAGUGUUACACAUGGAGGGAUCAGACAGCAGUUACCUGACAACCCAGAAAGAUUUGACCAGUCUGCAACUGUGUUGGGCGCUCAAAUCUUCACCUGUGGGAGACACUAUUGGGAGGUGGAAGUGGGAAACAAGACAGAGUGGGAAGUGGGCAUCUGCAAGGACUCAAUGAGUAGAAAGGGGAACCUUCCAAAGCCCCCAGGGGACCUCUACUCACUUAUUGGUUUAAAGAUUGGAGAUGAUUAUAGUCUUUGGGUCUCAUCUCCUUUAAAAGGUCAACAUGUCAGAGAGCCUGUACAUAAGGUUGGUGUUUUUUUAGACUAUGAAUCUGGACAUAUAGCAUUCUACAAUGGGACAGAUGAGUCCCUCAUCUAUAGUUUCCCUCCAGCCUCUUUUGAAGGAGCUCUCAGACCUAUCUUUUCCCCUUGUCUACCAAAUGAAGGGACAAACACAGACCCUCUUACUAUUUGCACACCGUAUAGUCAUGUCUGA